AUGUCUGAGGACAAAAUGAUAUCGGUGGCCUUUAUCACGCCAAUAUGUCUCCUCACUUUGACGAGCCUGGUCCUCGUCGCGCGGAUCGGGGUGAAAGCGGCAGUCACGAGAGCGUUUGAGCUGGAAGACGGUAAGCAAACAAUACAGAGUUCUCUACACCAGCCCCACCUGUCAAUGGGCACUUCAUCGGACCUUUUCUUUAUCAGUGCCCCACUUUGUGGAAAUCUUCAGUUUUUUGCCCUCGUGCUCAACGUGAGCAUUGCGAUAGGAGCGGGAAUAAGCUACAGCAUGUGCUUAAUUCUGGCGAAGGCGGCUAUAUUGGAUCACUACCUCCGAGUCCUCGACCGAAACAAGAGCCAAACAAGACUGCUUCUCAAAAGAAUGUUGAUUGCACUGCUCAUCGUGCAGGGCGCUGAAGAGACCCUUGUGUCCCUAUUUUCAUGUCAGCCUCGCGAGGACGAGGUCAUUGUGAGGCUUAAUGGGGUCUGCUUCGAGCAGAGGCCGAUGUGGUUUACUGGGUUCACGUUGAACCUCAUCUUCGACGUUGUCUUGUUCUUCCAGCCCAUCCUUGCGCUCUGGGAAAGACGAUCUCUGCCGCUGGUUGAAAAGAUUGGCCCGUUGCUCAGUCUGUUGGGCGUUUCCUUGGUCUUAGUGACAACUGUUGGCCGCGCAGCGGUCGUUGUUCAUAUCAGUCACGACAUUACAAAUGAUUACCCUGUGCCACUUCUUUGGUCAGUGGCGGAGGCCGAUGCGCUGGUGCUAUACUCGACCUUACCGUCCUUCCUGAAUCUAUGCAAAUUGUUGCGAAAGACAAGCCGCAAGAAAGAUAAACAAUCGAGCCAUUCGAGACAAAGCAGCAGCACGUCAAAUAGGAGCCAGAUACGCAGCGAUGGGACUGUAUCUCACGAAUUCCUGACGCCAUCAGAGCCGCAUCCAGGGCAGCCUGUGCUACUGCAUGGAGGCUUAGGGCCAACACCUGGGGAGCGGGUCUCAUGGAUUGAGAAAGUCCAGGCGUUUCCAGUAGGAGAGAGAAAUCAACAGGAAAUGGUGAGAAGACAGAUUGGUACGACGAGCAUGGUCGAAGUGCUUCCGAAAGCUUUGGCACCCUCUGGCGAGGUGGAAGAGGUCGAGCAUGGAGGAAUAAUGGUGACGACAACGGUCAGGAGGGAGACCAUCCGAGAUCCAGAUUAUCAAGGCUGGGAAGACACAACUUUGCCACCGAGCGCACUGUUGUGA